UUCGGCGGUACUCGAUUGAUCAAGGACCCUCACUUAGACCCGAAAUUUCAAAAGAGCCAUCGGGAGAUCUCCAUUCCCGGGUCGAUCGAUCGAUUGAUUGAUGGACCGCAUUAGUUACACUCAAUGCAUCGAGACAACAUGCAUGUUGGAAUCCCUGCCAACCCAACAUGUCGUGUCGAGGCCGAACUAUUCGGAUGCUCCCGUUCAUGACAAGCAUUGCAUUUCAGCGACUGGGGCCAUCACACAGUGUGAUCCGCUCUCUACAUGGAAGAUACGUGUCCAAGCUCAAAAGCGGGUACUGAUGAUGAGAGGAGGGGGAUGGUGGGGAAACGCAAAGGAAAAUGCAAAGGAAUAUCCUUGUACGGCAAGGAGGGAACGUCUUCGGCGUAUAUUUUGGAAACCGUUUAUGCAGCUAACCAUGGAAACUCAGCGUUCGGUAAACCGUCCAUUUGGGCCAUCUGGGUCCUCUCGAACCCUAAAAUGUGACUGGUUGCGAGUCAUGUUGGAAUGGCACGCGAUCUAUCCCACCGCCAUCACGCACAAUGGACUGAGCACUUGUAUCACCAACAGGUACAUGUCACUCAUCAAUUUUGGAAAGCCGGCGCGCGUCUACCUCACAUAGGACAUACUCGGUCAAAAUUUAGCUGUGGUUUGGAAUUGAGGGGCCUCUGGUCAGCUUGUAAUCGGGUGGACCACACACAUCACAUACCAUUCUUAUUUUCUGCUGCUCGACCGGGUCUAAAGUCGCUAAUUGGCUCCCUCCUAGUCCAUGCAUC